ACAAAUUGCGUGCAUAACGUUGUGUUAUUGUGUUAGGAUUCAGUAUGCACAGAAAACAUAAAGGCUGCAGUGUGUGCAGUGGAGUUAAUUCAGUCCUCAGUCAGUAUGAUCCUUUCAACUUGUGAUGGCAAAUUACCACUCUACCCUGGAUUACAGAAUAAUGUUACAUAGAAAAGUACUUGCAGAGUGUAAUGCAUUUAACAUUGCCAUGGAGGACAAAGAGCAGCCCACGGGAGGGCCUCAUUUUGUGGGGAAAAAGGAUGAACUGAUCGAAGCAAAGCGCUCUUUCAGAACAUUAGAAGGUCGGGAUAUACUGGUCAUUUACCACCAGGGAGUCCUCUAUGCUAUGGACUCUUAUUGUUAUCAUGCUGGGGGAUUGCUGCAGAAUGGAGACAUUGAGGAAAUUGACGGCAAGCUGUGCAUAAUUUGCCCAAAACACAAGUACAAGAUCUCUCUUGCCAAAGGGGAGGGCUUAUACAAGGGCACCGACCUCAGGGAAAAGCCACCUGUGCCCAGAUGGUACUCCAAGGGCGUGAAGCAGCGGAUCCACACUGUCACCGAGACCAACGGGGAUGUCUAUGUCAAGCUCUCUGAGGAAGCGUGCUGGAUUGAGUCAGACUACUACCAGGGAGAGAAGGGCAAGGUGGAAAGGGAAAAAGCCGAGGCAGCUGAGAAGAAAACAUCGUGACAGUAACGCAGAAUGAGGAAAGGGUUUCUGUGGACUUUUCUUGCCUCCCCUGAGUUCCUGCAGGUUUGCAUGAUGACAGUAAAGGAUGUCAGACAUGCAGGGGGUCUUAUUGUUAAUGAGUUUAGGAGCUCCUAUUUUAUAGGAGCAUAUUUUACUAACAAAUUGGAUCACAAUGCUAUUGCAAUGUUACUUGUGCAUGUGCCUAUAUUGAAAUAUAUUGCAGUUUAUUAAAUAAACUUUUUAUGGAUACA